AUGUCGACCUUCAUCCGUCCGCCGCCCAUUGAUCCCUCGCAGUCGGCCAUUGAGAACACGCUCGAGCUCACCCAGCUGUCAGACAUUGACCCCGAUCUUUUUACGAACAGGCGUCCGCUAUGGCAUCCUCCGGGAGCUCGCGGUAUCUACGGCGGAGCUGCCAUUGCCCAGACGCUGAGCGCCGCGCAGAAGACGGUUGAGCCGCAAUUCACCGUCCACUCCAUGCACUGCUACUUUGUCCUCGCUGGCAACUCGGAGAUCCCCAUAAUAUACCACGUCGAAAGAGUCCGGUCAGGAAAGAGCUUUGCGACGAGGACGGUGCAGGCGCGACAGAGAGGCAAGGUCAUCUUUACCACCACCAUAAGCUUUGUGCGACAGAACAGUGCGGGUGACAAGGUGUUGAAGCAUGCCGUGGAGAUGCCCGACGUACCGGGCCCGAUCGAAGGCAAAGACGACUUGGACUAUGGCCGCGCUUCAACAGGCCCAUUCCAGAGCCAGAGGAUAGAGAUCUUGAACAACGACUCACCACACCCCCACACGAAGAAGACCAGACAAUGGAUCAAAGCCCGCGGCACCAUAUCCCCUGCCGGAGGCCACGAAGCCCACCUCGCAGCUCUCGCCUACAUGUCGGAUAGCUACUUCAUCGGCACGGUCGCCCGCGUCCACAAGCUCUGGCGGUACGCCGCAGUGCGCAAGAGCAAGACCAAGAGCAGCAUAGAUGAAGAUGUCUUAAAGAAACUCCUGGCCAUGGACGACGAAGACCUCAAGCGUGUCAAGUUCCUCCAUCAGCAUGAAUUGGAGCGAAUACGUAAAUUCAAGAAUGGGGAGAGCGAUAAGCCCAAAGAACCGAAACAAGAGAUUGGCAUGAUGGUCAGCUUGGACCAUACCAUCUAUUUCCACGACCCGAGAGGGUUCCGCGCUGAUGAGUGGAUGUUCACCGAGAUGGAGACUCCUUGGAGUGGAGAUGGCAGGGGUCUUGUCUUUCAGAAGUUGUUUUCGCGGGAUGGCCGACUUAUUGCUACCUGUGUGCAGGAAGGCGUAGUUCGGUUGCGACAAGAUACUGAAACCGCGAAGCCCAAGUUGUGA